UCGGACUCUAGUUCACGAUGGGGAGUCCUAUUAUCGGGCAUAGAAUUAUCAUAGAUACCUGAGGAACAGCCAAAUCUUAACGUUGACGCAUGCAAAAUAGCAAUUAGGAAAACUUUAUAUAAAUUAACGGCCUCUAGUGUCCCUCAUAUAUAAAUUUUAACUCAUCUCUGUUUAUCGUAAUAUUUUCUAGAUCUGUGACAGUGCUUAGGUGCUUAAGCCUUAAGUUUACAAGUUGAAUCUAGGUACCUACCCAUCUACAUCAUCAAGAAUUCCAAAGUUCAAGGUUAUUUUGACAAGCCUUUAUCUUCUGCGCAUACCGACUAGAUACUCGUUUCUCUUAACAGGGACAUAAUUGUUAAAGAUAGAGUAGCUAGAAAACGGUCAUACUUGGAACCGAUGGCGGACAGCACUCAGGCAGCAUUUUUCUAUGGCACACUUAUGGCCCCCGAGGUAUUCUUCACAGUCUGCUAUCGGGGAAUCCCGAAAGAAAACGUUGCUGUGCUGAGAGGUCUCCAUGAUUUCAACCCAGCAAUUCUACAUGGGUUCUGCCGGCGUCGGGUUAAAGGUGUGGAUUACCCAGGCAUUAUACCUGAUGAAGACCAUGAGGUCAGAGGAAUGUAUGUGACGGGUUUAACACCUGCCAAUCUGUAUCAUCUCGACAAGUUCGAGGGCAGCGAGUACGAGCGUCGGAAGGUUAAAGCCCGCUUGCUUUCGAAAGUCGGAGACGAUAAGGGACGGGGUAACGUCGAGGGCGAUGAGGUCGAAUGCGAAGUCUACGUCUUCAACUAUCCUAACGACUUGGAGGAUCGAGAGUGGGAUUUCGAAGAGUUCCGGCAGGAGAAGAUGAAGAAAUGGACGCGAGAAGAUUAUGGGUUCGAAGAUACCGAUCACUUUACACCUCAAGCCGUCGACGAGGAUGAAAAGCAAGCUGCUGUCUGUGAGUUCACGUACCCUUACACUUAGUCGUGGAGUUCCUCAUCUAAUUUGGGAUAGGAAAGAGAUGAAUCUCGAAAUUAGGAUUACGCCAAUGUGGCGAUGUCCUCAUAAUAUUCCGUUUCAUACAUGGAAAUUAUACGAUAGAGAUGCAACGUUGCGAAUAGUGCCUUCUUACCUUCCGACUUAAAACCUAUUGCAGAAGACAUUCAGGUUAUAGUUCCGCUUAGCCAAGGGCUGACCGUUAGAAGCCUGGCCAGAACAUAAUCGCCCCCAAAUCCUAGACACCUAGUAGCCAGGUGAUUUCUAUUGGAGCAACCAUGGAUUUUAGUAGGAAUGAAGAACUUACAUCUCA